AUGCCAGCCACCACCGCUGAGACGCUCGCGUUCGUCUCGAAACAUGUCACCGUUGCGCCCCUCGUCCUGCUGUCCGUCGUCGACCACUACAACAGAGCUGCCAAGGGCACGAGGAAGCGAGUAGUUGGUGUCUUGUUGGGUCAGAACGAUGGAAAGGAUGUGAGGGUGUCGAACAGCUUCGCAGUGCCGUUUGAGGAGGACAACGACGAUCCUUCAGUCUGGUUCCUAGAUCACAACUAUGUCGAGAACAUGCGCGACAUGUUCAAGAAGGUCAAUGCCCGCGAGAAGUUAAUAGGCUGGUACCACUCUGGACCCAAGCUUCGCGCCUCCGACCUUGAGAUCAACGAGUUGUUCAAGCGCUACACACCGAACCCCCUGCUGGUCAUUAUUGACGUCCAGCCCAAGGAGUCUGGCGUGCCUACAGAUGCAUACUUUGCAGUGGAGGAGAUCAAGGACGACGGCACGGCCACCAGCAAGACCUUUGUACACACACCAUCAACCAUUGAAGCAGAGGAGGCAGAGGAGAUUGGUGUCGAGCAUUUGCUGAGAGACAUCCGAGACGUGGCCAUCGGCACCCUGUCCACCAGAAUUACAAACCAACUUCAGUCACUGCAGGGUCUACACCUGCGGUUACGGGAUAUCCAAGCCUACCUACAGAAGGUCCAAGAUGGCCAACUGCCCGUUAACCACGCCGUUUUGGGCAACCUCCAAGACAUCUUCAACCUCUUGCCAAACUUGUCGACGCCUAAGCCUGGAAACGAGGGCAAGGGAGCUAACGCCAGCGAACUUUCGUAUGCCAUGAGCGUCAAAACCAAUGAUCAGCUUCUGGCCAUUUAUCUUAGCAGUCUGAUCCGCGCCAUCACUGCGUUCCACGACCUGAUCGAGAACAAGAUCCAGAACCGGCAACAGGCCGAAGAGAACGAGGCCAAGAAGGAGGAACUCGCAGCAGGCAAGGACGAAAAGGACAAGAAGGAGGGCGCUAAUGGCGCGAAUGGCGAUUCAACGGAGAAGAGUGGCGACAAGGAUAAGAAGAAAUAG